UUCUCAUUUGUAGUUGAAUUUUCGUGAAGGCAAGACCCCUUUUAAUGUUAAUUACUCCGAAAAAAAGGUUUGGCGUUGCUGAUUUUUAGUAGAAAAAAAUUAAAAAUUUAAUAUUUGCACGCAUUUUGUGCGGAUAAAAGCCCCGUUUUUUGUUACUUCACGAUGCAAUAAAGGCGAGAAUCCUUUUUAAUUUCCGUUAAAACGCACGAAUAACGAGACGACGACAGAAAAAAAAGUACCUCAGCAUCCACCAUUACUGAAAAAUAUACAACACUCCCCGUACGCAAGAGGAAAAAAACACAUUUCAAACAAAAAUCGAUAAUUGAAUCACAAAAAAUACGAAAAAAAAGGAAUUUGAGUGUGAAAAAAAUAUCGGAAUAAAUGUAAAAAAAAAUAUUAAAAAGCAAAAAAUCACAAAAAAAAUUAUUUAAGCAAAAAAAUUCAAUGAUACAAAAAAAAUGUGCAAAUUAAAACAGUAACAAAUUAGAAAUAAUAGCAAUCAAAUAUGUGUUAAAACCCUCCCAGUUAUUAAAAAAUUAUAUUCUAGUUGUAAAAAAAAAAUAAAAAAAAAAGUUGAAACUUUGGAAUCUACUUUGGUGAUACAAAAGCAAUAUUAAACACAAAGGAAAAACGGAACCAUCUCAAUUUUUUCAACGCAAACGUUCUUUGGAUAACCGUCAAAAUAGAUAACGACACAAUGGAAUUAGCCAGAAAAAGAUACAAGAGUAGCCGAGGGCCGGUACUUAGAUCAAGUGAACGUCGCCGUCCAUCAGGUACUUCGUCGACAGCAUUGCCAUCGCCGCGCGUCGUGCUAAACCGUUUAGACGUCGAAAGGUUGCGUGUGUCAUACAAAGUAGCGAUUCGUACAUCGAGAAGCGGGCGUCAAAGUGGUAUGAAUAUGGGUCAAAAAAUCUCAGGAGGAGUAAAAUCGGUGAGUCGCGAUCAACCGGCGCCAUUCAAAACAAUCAUUCCGCGCGAACUGGCAGCUGAUUUCAGUAGGCCGGCACGCAUCGAUGUGCUGCUCGAUAUGCCGCCCGCCCCCAAGGAGACACAAGUCAAGUAUUCGUGGAACUCCGAGGACCGAAGUUUGAAUGUUUUCGUGAAGGAAGAGGACAAAAUGACAUUCCACCGACACCCAGUUGCCCAAAGCACGGAUUGCAUACGAGGAAAAGUGGGUUUCACGAAGGGCCUGCACAUCUGGGAGGUGUUUUGGUCGACGCGACAACGCGGAACGCAUGCCGUUGUCGGCGUUGCUACGAGCGAGGCGCCUUUGCACUCCGUAGGUUAUCAAAGUUUAGUCGGAUCCACGGAUCAGAGUUGGGGAUGGGACUUGGGACGCAAUAAGCUGUAUCACGAUUCGAAAAAUUGCGCGGGCGUGACGUAUCCCGCGAUCCUCAAGCCUGACGAGACGUUUUUAGUGCCAGACAAAUUUUUGGUAGCAUUAGAUAUGGAUGAGGGCACGCUCAGUUUUAUUGUCGACGGGCAAUAUUUGGGCGUAGCGUUCCGCGGACUCAAGGGACGCAAACUAUAUCCCAUCGUUUCGGCUGUUUGGGGGCACUGCGAGAUCACGAUGAAAUACAUCGGAGGACUUGACCCUGAACCACUGCCACUUAUGGAUCUUUGUCGACGUGUGAUACGUCAAAAAGUAGGACGAACGCAUUUAGAAGAGCAUAUUCAAGAAUUAGCAUUGCCACAAUCAAUGAAAACUUAUUUACUAUAUAGAGACCGUAGAUAAUUAAUACUUUAAGUUAAAGCGUAACUAACAGAAACAAAACUAAGAACACAGAAAUUUUAACAAAAAAAAAACUAUGACAAAUGCUCGAAAAUGCAAAAUAUUAACUUCCCUUAUAGAUUUCAAUUUUUUUUUUAUAUUUCGUUUUUGUUUUGUUCCAACAUCACAAAAUAAAAAAAAUUGUCGAUAAAUAUUAUUUGUAAAAAAAAUUAACUUUCCGGAGAUUUUUGUAAAAUUAAUAAUAAAAAUAAAUAAAUUC